UUGGUUGCCCGAGGUUGCCCCGCUUUUUUCCAGGUCUCCACGACGGUCGCCAGGACGACGAAAGAAUACUGACUUUUUUAUUCAAAAUGGCGGCGUAUAUUGCUACUCACGACCGCUCCGUGUUAUCCAAGCCUCACGAAGACUCCAAAGUUUCUGUCCUACAGAAUACCACUCACAAGGAUAUCUUGGUACUUGGAAAUGAACUGUAUCAAAAGACAAUCGAGGAGUGUGAGAAAGAAAGGCAGCAAAAUGUGACAGAAGUAGAGCAAAGAGCUUGGCGCUUAGCUUCAGAAGAGAAAGUAAGAGCUCUGAAGGCAGCCAAAGAAGCUGCUGAAGUGGAACUGGACAAAGCUUUGGCAGCAGCCAAGAAAGCCCAGGAAAAGGCAGUCAAGGCUGAGUCAAAAAGAGUAGAAGCUCUGAUGAAAAAACUGGCUGCUCAGCAAGUUCAGCAGGAAAAAGAUGACGGUCAAAAGAGACUGGAAGAGGCACUGAAAAAGGCCAGAGAUGAGUUUCUGUUAGAAAAGGCUGAAGCUAUACAGAAAACAAGGGAAGAAGAAAAGGCUAUAGCAGCUGAUGAGGCAAAGAAGGUGGCUCAAGUGGAAGAAGACAAAAGAAAACAGUUGAUUCUGGCUGCUGAGAAAGAAAAACAGCAAGCUUUGAAGAAUCUUAAAGAGAGAUUAAAACAAGAGGAGAAACAAGCAGUGAAGGAAGUGGAGGAAAAGUGCAAAAAGGAGGAGGAGAGCAAACUUUUGCUACAAAAGGAGACCCACGAGAAAGAAAUAAAAAAGUUCGAAGGUCGUAUUGAUGUGCAAAUACAGCUGAAACUAGCUGCAGAAGAGGAAACGGAAAGAACAAAAGAGAUGAAAGGAAAAGUGGAAGAAAAGUUGAAGGACACAUCAACUGCUUUUCAAAACUUUAUAGACACAACAAAAGGUUUCAAUCAAGGACAAGCGGACUUCUUAAUUUUGGACCCAUUGAAAGACAUUUCUGAAGAAACCUGAUUUUGAUUUGAAAAAUAAUUAAUGCUACAUACUUUUUUUGUCUAUGUAUAUUGUUAAAAAUGUUUGCCUGUAUCAUCUGAGUUGUAAGUUGUGCAUCUCUCAACAUUGUAUGGAUAUUUGUUUUUGUGUAAAGAAUAUAGAGUUUAAGUUUUGAUUUAAUUACUAUCAAUUAUGGUGAUCAUAAAUGUUUUGCAUGAGUAGUUUGUUUUAAUGGCUGCAUAAAUGAUUAAAUAUUUCAGAAUAAUUUCAGAAA